AACUGGGCCGAGAGACACCCGAAAGACAGGGCCGACCGUAACGGAAAUCCACCGGCCCUCUGAAAAAGCAGGGAGGCGGCUUCGAUCAGGCUUCCGAGAGCUGCUCUAGAGGGCAGCAGAGCUCUGGGCAAAGGAAGUCGCAUUGGGUGUGGGGCGCAAGGAAAAUCCUCGGAGAGGGAAGAGGCAUUUUUCAGGCGGCCAGAAGCUUUUGUUACGGUUGCUGCGGAGAGGACGAUUCCGAGAGGGAUUGCAGGCCGGUGCUGAGUAACGCCGGAAGGGAGAAUUAAGUUUUUGAGGCCGCUGAGCUUGAGGGUACAGAAUCCACUCCGUGUGUGUUUUGUAAGCUUUUUACAAGAGUUUGUAUGGGGUCGUUUACGAGGGGGAAAGUUUAGGGUGUUGAAGCAAAAGGCACGGUGAAGAAUAACGAGCGUGGAUACCGAUACUAAAUAGCCCAUUUCGCUCUCUACUCUCUGGAAGCAUCGCAAAUUUGGAGGCACAGGGCAAGAAAUCUGGGGAUUUCACUGGAGCAACUUCUACAGUUUGAGUAGCUUUUUGUAGUUCCCAACAAGUGGCAUAGUUCCUCAUCUUGUUAGUUUGAGAACUAUUUAACAGUGUAGAAAGAGUCAUCACCAGGAAGCUUGUAUUUUCUUAAAAAAGGGGUUGGAGCUGGACUUCAGUCAGAUCCCUGGUGUUCAGUAUCUUUCGCCUCCUUGACCUAAAUUGAAGCCCAGGUAGAGGCCAUGCAGAAAGAAGAACUGGGCAUGGAUGAGAAUCGCAACCCAGAGGAAGAACUGCGUCUCCUGGGAGGAAAGAAGGAGAAAUGCCAUAAUCUCAACAACCGUAUCCGAACAGGAUCAUGGGAGUCAAAUGGAUAUACUGCAAGUUCUGAGAUAGCUGAUGAGCCCAGUGUUCCCCUGAGUCCUUCCAACAGCCUUAACAUCCGCAAUCUCCAGCUGUCUGAGCGAGAACCUCCCCAGCAUACCCGCCGUUAUUCUCCUAAUUUCCAUCAUAGCCGGCCCUUCCGUCCUGCCUACCGCAAAACUUAUCGAGGCAACCCCUCAGACCGCAAGGAAUGGGGACCUAGCACUAAUGGCCACCACUGUGCUCCAGAGGGUCUUUCCAAUGGGCGAUGGCAGCAUCGACGCCGUGGCUAUUCUGACUCACCUUCCCCAUUGUCUUCCCCCGAAUUGGAACGAGUCAGCACUAUCAAAGCCAGUGAGAAGCCCGCUGUUGCAUCUAAUGCCUCUAGUGUAACCACUGAGGAAUCCGAGAAGGAAACAUGGUCACUCUUUCGGCCCCUUCCUGCUUUCCCAGUUGAUAGCAGCAGUGCCAGGAUCAUUCCCAAGAUCUCUUAUGCCAGCAAGCUGAAAGAGAACUUGGAUCAACCAGGCAAAGCCUGCCAUGUUCCAGCCUCAGCUGUCCGCACCACUAAUAGCCUCCCCAACUGUGUCUUGGCGCCACCCCCCAGCAGUCCCCCGCCAACCGAUAGCAGUCGGCGGCAGCAUUUGGGAGCCAUCUUCCAAAAUGAGUGGGGCCUCUCCUUUAUCAAUGAGCCGGGAGCCGGGCAUGGAGGGGGUGGUGGAACGGCACCAGUCAAGGAGACAGAAAGUGCAGAUGCUGGAGCAUGUUGGGAAAACAUGGAAGCCAGUGACUGGCAGGCUGCAAGAAAUUAUCACUUUGAAGAGUGGAGCCAUAUAUGGGAGCUACAUAGUCAAGCUCCUAGCAGAGUGAUGGUCUACUCGGAAACCUUGGAUGGGAAGGGUUAAUUCCACAAAUAUCCAGGGGAAGCACCGCUAAGAUAUGGGGGGUGUAUGGGGAGAGGCCAGGCAACUCACCCAACCCUCUUGAAGAUUGGAGAGUCUGGGCAUCUUGAAAGGGGAAGCUAUGCCACCUGCCUACCUCCCUUCCCUUGCUGUUUUAGCCUAAAAUUGUCCUGGGAGGCUUAUGCCUCACCCGCUCCCACCAUCUCUCUCUAUCUCUGACUCAAUGCUCUGGUUUUUCAUUUCUUCACAUGGUUUUUAAUUUCUCUGGAUUCCCCUGAAAAUAAAGGCAA